AUGCCAUUUCAAUCACUAAGGUCAAGAUUUACCACCAACUUGGAAAGUCAUCAAAUUGAUGAUGACUAUACUAUAAAUAGUCUAGGUACUAUUUCAGAUUCAGAUACACAACAACAACCAAUGCCAAUACGAAAUUCAGUAUUUCAUUCUCGACAGCAAAGUAUUUCACAACCAAUUGAUUUAUAUGAUCCUUUUGAAAUUGUACCAUCGUAUGAAACAUCCCAAUUAUUGCAUUCACAGAUCAUAACCCCACAACAACAACCACCAAAUCAACAACAGCAAAUUGCAGAAGAUCAAUUAUCAGAAUCAUCUCGAAGUCGAUUGUAUACUCCAAUUCCCUCACUACCUAUCCCUAGAACUCAAAGUACAAUAAGCAUGUCACAGACAAAUUCAACAGAUUCAUCAUUGACUUCGAGUCCACAAUUAAGAAAUAACAAUACUCAACAACCAAGAAAUAAAAAGAAAAUAACAUCAAUUAAACAAUUGGGUCUCAAAUUUUUAAACGCAAGGCAACAUUUCUUAUUGGCUUUUUGUAGGGAUGUAUCAUUAAUACCACCAUUAAUUAGUCUUAUUCAAUCUUGGAAAAGAUGUUGUUAUAAUCCAGAUAAUAUAGGUCAUGAUUUGAAUAAUCAAGGAUUAACAAGUGCAAGAAAUUUAGAACAUUUUUUAACUGGAAUUUGGUGUUUAGUAAGUUCAUAUUUAAGUUAUUCAAUAUUGGAUAGUUUGCUAGUUAGAUGGAUAGUUACUUAUUCUACAUCAGCAGCAAUUGUGAGAGUAUUAUCAAUGAGUACGAUAAUGAUCACUUGUGAAUUUUAUCUCGUGAGUACAUUUCUGGCAAAUGGAUAUAAAUAUGGUUUGCAUAUUUGGAUUUUAAUUAGUUGUUUGUUGACUUUGACUUAUACUGUACAAAAUUUCGUUACUUCAAAUUUACAAUUGACGAAUAAUAAUUCAAAUGGAAAUCCAAUUAAGAAAAAGAAUAGGAAACAGAAAAGAUUUUUUGAUUUUUAUAAUAUUGUGGUGUUUGCUGUUGUUCCUGUUGGUUUGGCAAGUUUUGUAACGAUGAUUGGAUUACUAAGAAGUUUAUUAAUAUUGAGAAUCGAUAUUGAUCAGACAUUAAAAGACUUAAACACGAAAAUAUGA